AAAUCUUCCCCACCUACAUGAAAGAUUUUAUUCAAAUAUUUACCUUUCUAAUAAACUUCCUCUAUACUAUCCAAUUAUACUUGAGGAGGAAUAAUAAGAUUCUUAUUAUACCAGAUACAAAGAGAUCCCAUGUGAGUCUCUCUUGAAGGACGAGACCCUCCAACCAUAAGCCAGACAAGUUCAUUGUUCACACACUCUCUCACUUCAAUUCUAUAGUUAUAUUCUUGCUCAUGGUUUUUUAGCACUACCACAAAGUGGUUUUCACUCAGAGAAUUUUUCAUGCUUUCUCUUUUCAAUGGUGUUUUUGAAAAAUGUUGCAAUGAUGAGACAAAUCCACAAGGAGGUGCCUAAUCUCAAGUGGGGUUAAAGGCUAAAGCUAAAGUUUCAAGCUUAUGAUUUGCAAGUGUUGCUUUCAAGAGAGAAAAAAGGAGCUUUUUUUGGUUGGCCCCUGGUGUUUUUGUGAAGCUUUUACAAUUUGCUCACAAGGUGUUUGUUUUUAUGUCUGAGAAGUGUUGGUUUACAUUGAAAUUGAAUUUUAGUCAAAGGGAAUAUCCAGAUUUGCUUGCUUGAGUUCAAAAUCUUUGCUUAAAGGGUUUGGAUUAAGUCAAUUCUCAAGUAAGCUUUUUCAUUUACUCUUUGAAUAUGUGUCAUUCUCUUUGUUGAAAUUUGGUUGUAAUUUUUCUUUCAUUAGUCAAUUUGGUAUAACUAGAUUAGAUGUUAAGAAAGUUGUGUUUUAAAUCUCUGAUUCUUACGGAAAGGGCGGCCUGGUAAUCCGGAGUUCGGACGAGAAGUAUGUAACGUCUGACAAAAGAUUGUUUCGGUUAGAUUCGAGUUUUGAUUUUUUAAGUUUGAUUUGAGAGCAAAGAUGAAAUCUUUGAGUAGUGUAGGACUUGGUCUUAGUAUUGUUUUUGGUUGUCUUUUAUUGGCUUUAGUAGCUGAAGUUUACUACUUGUUAUGGUGGAAGAAAAAGAUAAUUCAUAGAGAGAUUGAAAAUGACUAUGGAAAUGGAAACCCUUUGAAAGAGAUUUUCUACAUGUUUUGUUGGAAAAGGCCAUCAUCAUCAAGUUCUAUGAGGCACACAGGUUUUACUCCACCAGAGCUUUGUUCUUCAAUGAGAACUAAUGGCAAUUUUGUCCAUGACCCUCAAGUACAAACUAGCAAAGAGUUUCUAUUCAAGCCCUACGGCGAAGAUUCCGUCGAAGCAGAGUACAUGAUGCAACACCAUCUUCACGGCGACAACGUUUUAGGUCAUCCGCGAAUUUUGUUCACGAUAGUUGAAGAAUCGAAAGAGGAUUUGGAAUCUGAAGAUAGUAAAUCUAGAUGUGAAAACAAAAAUGGAAAGGAUUCAAGAAGCUUAGGGGAUUUGUUAGAUGUGGAAACACCAUAUUUGACACCUAUUUCAUCUCCACAUUUUUUCACUCCUACUUUCACUCCUAACAUCAAUAUAAGUCCCUAUAAUCAACACGGAUUCAACCCUCUUUUCGAGUCAACAACCGAUGCAGAGUUCAAUAGAUUAAAGUCAUCUCCUCCUCCGAAAUUCAAGUUCUUACAAGAAGCAGAAGAGAAGCUUAGAAGAAAAAUGCAAGACAACAAUGACAACAACAACAAGGGUUUAAGCGGAAACGAAGUUGAUGAUUCUCUCAUUACAAUAGUCAUUGACAAGAGUUACGAAAGAGAGGUUAAUCAUAAUCAUCAAUCUCAUCUACAGCAGCACCAUUCAAGUACAUCACAGGUACUUCCCUUAGCCUCUUGACACAUUCAUCUCUCAACCGAAAUUGAUUCUCCUACAGCCGUUGCACAGUGCUGUAGUCGUAGAGACGGAUAGAUUUAGCGAGGGAAAAUUCUAGCUAACCCCCGAAGUUCUGUCGAUUAAAAGAGUCUGUUUAAUUUUUUUUUCUUCCUUAGUUAAUCUUCCUAAUUACAUUCUGAACAAUUCCACUUUUUUUAUAAGUUUGGAAUUUGUUUUUGAAUGCAGCUGUAGUUAAAUCUGCCAGAUGAUGUACUCAAAUGUUUCAAAAAAAAUGGGACAAUGAAUGUUUAUUAAAACUUCCAUGCUUACCAAUAUUUUUGCUUCUUAUUACUAGUGUAUCUGACAUGACAGUGUCAUAAAUGAUAAAAAAUUUAGUGAUGAGAAAGAUGGUCCUACUCUUGUAUGCAUAUGUCUGAAGGACAUUGAAGGGUAUUUAUUGUUUCAUUUUCUUCUUUUUACAUGGCUGUGAAUGAGACAUAGUUUGAAUCAACUUUGUCUAAUGUCAUGUUUUGUUUCAAAAAUGUAAUUCAAUCGCAUCAAAAUUGAACAGUCUGGAUUCACAAUAAUGUGAACACUAGCAUGGAGAGAUAUCUUGAAUCAACAAGUUGACAUAACAUUGUCUCAUGUUAUGUUUUUUUUUGGCUUCUUUGUGUG